GCCCUCGCCCCGCCGCCGCCGCCGCCGCCGCGGUCGCACCGGCCGCCCCCGGAGAGUCUGAGGAGGCGCGGGCCGCUGCAGGCUCAGGCGCCGCAGCGCGCGGGCCCAAGUCCCGGACGAGGCCCAGGGAGCCGCUCGCCCCGACCCCGCCGCCCCAUGCCCUCAAGAUGGAGGCAGCGGGGGCGGUGGCGUGAAGAAAGCGGCGCUGUGGGCGCGGGAGUAGGGGGCCCGGCGGCCCGGGCGGCGGCGGCGGGAUGGGGCUGCUGCUUAUGAUCCUGGCGUCGGCCGUGCUGGGCUCCUUCCUCACGCUGCUCACCCAGUUCCUGCUGCUGUACCGCAGACAGCCCGAGCCGCCGCCGGACGAGGCGGCCAGCGCAGGCGACGGCUUCCGCUACACCAAGCCGGUGCCGGGCCUGCCCCUGCGGGAGUACCUCUAUGGCGGCGGCGGGACUGAGGAGCCCUCCAGCGGGGCGCCCGAGGGCGGUGCGACCCCGGCCUCCGAGACCCCCGCCCCGCCGAUGCGGGAGACCUGCUACUUUCUCAACGCCACCAUCCUGUUCCUGUUCCGGGAGCUGCGGGACACCGCGCUGACUCGCCGCUGGGUCACCAAGAAGAUCAAGGUGGAGUUCGAGGAGCUGCUGCAGACCAAGACGGCAGGGCGCCUGCUGGAGGGGCUGAGCCUGCGGGACGUGUUCCUGGGCGAGACGGUGCCCUUCAUCAAGACCAUCCGGCUCGUGCGGCCCGUGGUAGCUUCGGCCACCGGGGAGCCCGACGGCCCCGAGGGGGAGGCGCUGCCCGCCUCCUGCCCGGAGGAGCUGGCCUUCGAGGCGGAGGUGGAGUACAGCGGGGGCUUCCACCUGGCCAUCGACGUGGACCUGGUUUUUGGCAAGUCCGCCUACCUGUUCGUCAAACUGUCCCGAGUGGUGGGGAGGCUGCGCUUCGUCCUCACCCGCGUGCCCUUCACCCACUGGUUCUUCUCCUUCGUGGAGGACCCGCUGAUCGACUUCGAGGUGCGCUCCCAGUUUGAAGGGCGGCCCAUGCCCCAACUCACCUCCAUCAUCGUCAACCAGCUCAAGAAAAUCAUCAAGCGCAAACACACGCUGCCGAAUUACAAGAUCAGGUUCAAGCCGUUUUUUCCAUAUCAGACCUUGCAAGAAUCUGAAGAAGAUGAAGAGUAUAUCCAUAUACACCAGUGGGCACUUGUUGAAGGACGUCUUAAAGUUACGUUGUUAGAAUGUAGCAGAUUACUCAUUUUUGGAUCCUAUGAUAGAGAAGCAAAUAUUCAUUGCACACUUGAGUUGAGCAGUGGUGUUUGGGAAGAAAAACAAAGGAGUUCUAUUAAGACGGUUGAAUUAAUAAAAGGGAAUUUACAAAGCGUUGGACUUACACUUCGUCUUGUUCAGUCAACUGAUGGAUAUGCUGGGCAUGUCAUAAUUGAAACUGUGGCCCCAAACUCACCUGCUGCAAUUGCAGAUCUUCAGCGGGGAGAUCGACUCAUUGCUAUUGGAGGUGUAAAAAUUACAUCGACACUACAGGUGUUGAAGCUUAUCAAGCAGGCUGGUGACCGAGUCUUGGUGUACUACGAAAGGCCUGUUGGCCAGAGCAAUCAAGGUACUGUUCUGCAAGAUAAUUUUGGCCAGUUGGAAGAAAACUUUUURUCAAGCUCAUGCCAACCAAGUUAUGAAGAGGAAGCUGCAGGACUUGCAGUGGAUGGUGAAAAUAGAGACCUUGAUUCUGAAUUUGAAGAUUUGGCAAGUGAUGUCAGAGUACAAAACGAGUUCAAAGAUGAGGCACAGUCAUUAAGUCAUAGUCCCAAACGUACUCCAACAACACUUUCUAUUAAACCUCUUGGCGCUAUAUCCCCAGUUUUAAACCGUAAAUUAGUUGCAGGAAGUCACCCACCACCACCAAAAAUUCCAGCCAAAGAAGGAAAUAAACCGCCAGCCCUAAAAACUUCUGAGGUACUAGACCCAUCACAAGUGUCAAAACCCACCCAAGGAUCCACUUUCAAACCACCUGUGCCACCACGACCACAAUUAAAAGUUCCUUUGCCUUCUGCUGACACCCCAAAUCAGGCCGAACCAGACAUUCUUGUUGAAAAGCCAGAGAAGGUGCUUCUUCCUCCUCCUCCUGCAGAUAAAUCUGAGAAGCAAGCAAAAAAUGUGGAUCACGUAGAAGAUGUGACUACAUCUAAGCAGUUUAUAGCAAAGCAAGAAAUGACUAAAGAUUUUACUUCAGAAGGUUCUUGCCCUACUAAAGACAGUUCGGAUGACCGUCAAAUGUGGGAGUCAUCAGAAAUUCUUUAUCGGAAUAAGCUAGGAAAGUGGACAAAAACCAGAGCAUCCUGUUUGUUUGAUAUAGAAGCCUGCCACAGAUACCUGAAUGUUGCACUGUGGUGCAGGGAUCCUUUCAAGUUGGGAGGUCUYAUCUGUUUGGGGCACAUUAGUUUAAAACUUGAAGAGGUGGCUUUAGGAUGCUUAGCUACAUCAAACAUGGAAUACCUUUCAAAAUUCAGACUGGAAGCCCCUGCACCUAAGGCCAUGGUCACUAGAACUGCUUUAAGGAAUCUGAGUAUGCAAAAGGGCUUCAAUGACAAAUUUUGCUAUGGUGACAUUACUAUUCACUUCAAAUAUUUGAAGGAAGGAGAACCAGACCACCAUGUAGUUACUAAUUUAGAGAAAGAAAAAGAACUCCAUUUGGUUGAAGAAGUUUCUAUCCUGCCUAAAGAGGAGCACUUUGUUGGACAGAUGGGUUCAUCAGAAAGUAAACAUAGUUUCCAGGAUACUCAGUUCCAAAACCCAACUUGGUGUGAUUACUGUAAAAAAAAAGUUUGGACAAAAGCAGCUUCCCAGUGUAUGUUCUGUGCUUAUGUUUGCCAUAAAAAAUGUCAAGAAAAGUGUCUAGCUGAGACUCCUCUUUGUGGAGCAACUGAGAGACGAAUAGACCGAACCCUGAAAAACCUUAGGCUAGAAGGACAGGAACCCCUCUUGGGCCUGGCUCCUCGUGUUGAUGCCGAAGCUAACAAGUCAGUUAAUAAAACGACAGGUUUGACAAGGCACAUUAUUAAUACAAGCUCUCGUUUGCUAAAUUUACGUCAAGUCUCUAAAACUCGCCUUUCUGAACCAGGAACUGAUCUCGUAGAACCUUCACCAAAACACACACCCAACACAUCAGACAACGAAGGCAGUGACACAGAGGUCUGUGGUCCAAACAGUCCUUCCAAACGAGGAAGCAGCACAGGAAUAAAGUUAGUGAGAAAAGAAGGUGGGCUGGAUGACAGUGUUUUUAUUGCAGUUAAAGAAAUCGGCCGUGAUCUGUACAGGGGCUUGCCUACAGAGGAGAGAAUCCAGAAGCUGGAGUUCAUGCUGGAUAAACUACAGAAUGAGAUUGAUCAGGAGUUGGAACACAAUAAUUCCCUUGUUAGAGAAGAAAAAGAGACAACUGAUACAAGGAAAAAAUCACUUCUUUCAGCUGCUUUGACUAAAUCGGGUGAAAGACUACAAGCUCUCACACUUCUUAUGAUCCACUAUAGGGCAGGCAUUGAAGAUAUUGAAACUUUAGAAAGUCUAUCAUUAGACCAGCACUCCAAAAAAAUAAGCAAGUACACAGAAGAUACAGAAGAAGACCUUGAUAGUGAAAUAAGCCAACUGAUAGACUCGCAGCCAUUCAGCAGUAUCUCAGAUGACCUAUUUGGUCCAUCCGAGUCUGUGUAACCAACAGGCUGUGUCAGCUUUCAAAUGAUUGGGGAAAAGAUGCAUCUAAAGUACCAUGGAUACAACCAUGUUUCAGUCCUCUUGUAAUGCACCUCAGCCUGCUGCUCCAGUUAUUUACUUGUAUAAGAAAGAACAGGAAUGAGUUUGUUUUCCAGUAAAAAUAUGACCAGCU